GACAGCUGUUUCUAGAGCACAUCACUAGCCAUUUUCCCAUUUUUCCUGCUUGAAGAAAGAACGGGAGGAAAGACCUUGGAUAAUUUCGAUAGUUUUUAUUAAAAUUAUAAAUAAAUAACAUUGUGUGAAACAGUUUCCACGGUUCAAUUGAUUAAAGUGUUAAUAAUGGAAGAAAAGGUGUUAUUAGACGACGUUUCAAGCACUUUGAGGGAGCGAGUGUUUUUCGCAGCCAGAGAUGGGAUGUCUUUAACUCUUUACGCUUUGUUAUACGAGAAGAAUACUGACGAAAUAGACGAUCUAUUGAACACAGAUGUCUGCUGCGAUGGCGUGAAGUGCACUCCACUGAUAUCAGCGGCGCGGCAAGGCCGGGAGGGAGCUGUGAGGAUCCUGCUGGACAAAUUCCGACCUCCAGUCAGACUGGAGACGGAAGGCACUGUCAAGUUUGACGAAUAUGUUAUUGAGGGAGCGACAGCGCUGUGGUGCGCGGCGGGCGCGGGGCACCUCGGCAUCGUGAAGCGGCUGGUCCGUGCGGGCGCCAACGUGAACCACGCCACGCGCACGCUCAGCACUCCGCUCCGAGCCGCGUGCUUUGAUGGACGACUGGAUAUUGUGAAGUAUUUGGUCAGACAUGGAGCUGACAUACACAAAGCAAACAAAUACAACAACACAUGUCUCAUGAUCGCUUCCUACAAAGGGCAUUUAGAUGUGGUGCAGUUCCUGCUAGACAGCGGCGCGCGCGUGGACGAGCGAGCCCUGUGCGGUGCCACCGCGUUGCACUUCGCGGCGGAGUGCGGCCACGCGCCCGUCGUGUGUGCGCUCAUACAGGCGCAGGCCUCCAUACUUACUAACCAGAAUGGCAUGUCCCCGCUCCAAUGCGCAGCCGAGCGAGCCCGCGCCUCAGUAGUGGAGAUACUGGCGGCGCGGCCCGAGGUGUCGCGAGCGCAGGCCGUCGAGGCAUUCGAGCUGCUCGGGGCAUCCUUCGCCAACGACAAAGAGUACUACUGCUUGAGGAUGGCGUACCAAUACCUGCACAGAGCGAUGACGAUGCGGUACGACACCCGCUACGGCCUGCUACUGAAGCAGCCCGCCGAGCCAAUACCGGCCUAUGAUAACUGGAAGGAGAGCACUACGUUAGAGGACGUCGAGCGUCUCCACGGCAACGCACACGCCCUACACAUGGAAGGCCUAACCGUCCGAGAGCGGGUCCUCGGUAGAACAUGUCCGGACUUACCCCAUCCGGUCGUCUUCAGGGGGGCAGUCUUCGCUGAUGAGGCGAGGUUCGACCGGUGUCUUGCACUGUGGAGGCACGCGCUGGCGCUGAGACAGUACAAUAACGUGUCAGUAGUAAAAGACUUGCUAAGGUUCGCACAAGUGUUCUCACAAAUGAUACACAUAGGAAUUGAAUUACCACUAGAACAGGUAUGUUUUGUACUAGAAGCGUGUGCGGAAGAGUUGAGAAGAGGCGCAGAAAGACUUGAGAAGCCACCGGCUAACAACGACGCGGAGGCGCUAAUAGCGUUGGCGUCACGUUACGUGUUGCAGGACGAAUUCGAGAGCAAUGUGCGGACGGCCUUAUAUCUAGUGUCUGUUGCGGCCAGGCUGCUGGAGAAUGACGGGAAUACUGAGGACAUGAUCCGCGCGAUCAGGGUAGCGAUAUUCCGGGUGCGAGACGCUCGGUUACUGCGCGGACAGACGCUACUACACCUGGCCGUGGACCAUCGGACGCCGGUCGACGACUUCCACACGAGUGACGUGUGCCAAUUCCCGUGCGCGCGGACGGUGCGCCUGCUACUGGAGUGCGGCGCGCGCGCCGACGCGGCCGACGAGCAGCGCCGCACGCCGCUACACACGGCGCUCAUCUCGCACACGCUCGCCACAGAAGAGCGUGACCAGUGGAACACCUCCCUGUGCGGCGUGGUACGCGCGUUGCUGUCGCGCGGCGCGCACGUGGACGCGCUCGACGCGGACGGGGUCACGCCGCUCGUCGCCAGUAUAGCCGGUCCAGCAGAACCUAUAAUCCGCGCGGCCAUGUCCCCCCGCCUGGCCUGCAUGGCUGCAUCAACACUAGCCGCCCACCGCCUCCGCUACACGCCCAGCCAAGUGCCGUGUGACCUACACGAGUUUCUCAAGAUGCACGGAGUCAUGCCGUUAUAAAGACGGGUUUAGAUUCGCGAUGCGGCCAUUGAAUGUACUAGCGUACUAGAACAGACGACGCGAGCCAAAUCUGUGUUCCACGUGACGCGAUCAAGAUAUAGAUCCAGUGACAAUGAAUGCGUUUUUCCAUAGUCAAGUUCGCGGUGUCGGUUCUAUACGCUAGUAAUAUUAGUUCAAUGGAAAUGGCGGGGUUAGCUGUUGAUUGUUCUUAGCAGAUUUGGUAUACGGAGUUAUGCCGUUAUAAAUAUGGGUUUGAAUGGAGAUGAGGGGGAAUAAACUAAAGUAUAAUUGCGUUUAUGAAUCGAAAUUACAACGAUAAAGUCUGUCUACCGUUGCAUGCAUAUUUUCGGACAUGUACGUACAUUGUACUGUCUGGGUUAAAGAUACCUGACCCAUCUCAGAUGGACAUUGCUGCUUGUACAUAGCGGUAAAUCAUCCAUAAUGCCUUAAUAACGCACGAACAUUAGUUUUAGCCAAAUAUUAAAUGUUAGCGUAGAUUAACAAGGGUACUUAUUGUAGUUUUUUUAUUUUACUAUAGCAUGGGUUAACCAAAUAUUAAAGUAGAAUCGAACACAUGCACAAUACAAUGUAAACAAUAAAUGAAACUUUAAGAUCGAUGGUAAAAGGGAAAAUAUAACGCCUCAUUAUUAAUUUUGAACCCCUCAUCCGAGGUGGGGUGUUAUAAGUAAUAUGUCUGUCUGUAGUAUCUCAGUAGAAGCUAUAAUGCGAAGGAAUGGGCCAUUUUAACUAGUUUAUUGGUGUAGUUUCUGCUUCGGAAAGAUUGAAAUAUUAUUAAAUGAAAUAAAUAAUAAUUAAAUAUCGACCCAACUACUCGAAAGUAAUGAUUGAAUUUCAUCGGUUUCUAACCUACAGGUUGGAUCAUUCUUAGCUAACCAAAAGCCCGUAGUAUAUUAUUGGCCUGCUUCAUUAUAAUUAACGCUUACUGACGGAAUUAUACAGUAAAAAAGCGAAUCAAACAUGAAUGAAAAUAAUUUCCAAUUAUCGUGUACGAUAUUGAAACUGGCAGUGGCCAUAUAUUGUAUAAUCUUAAUAGUAUGACAGAACAAAACGUUAUAUUAGCUAUAUAUUUAAUGAACACAGGGUUUAUGUGUUCAUAGUUUAUAAUCUUAAAAUAUACAGAGAACGAUAGCUCAAAUUUAUAUCUAAAAUAUAUUUAUAAUUUAAUGUGACUUAAGUCGAAUCGAAGUCUAGGUACGGUCGUUAUUGUGAUAAUAAAAUAUAGAAAUAGUUAGAUGUUAUGUUAAGUCUUAAUGUUCAUCGCUAGUUCUUGUAGUCAUAUCAAAGACGAUAAAAGGCUUGAUACUAAGUAAAGUUUUCGUUAAAAUUAGUAAUCACUAAAUAAAAUGCAGUGCUGUAGUAUGAAAAUUUUACUACAUGAUUUAGUUCGUUUUUUUAUGAGCUGUCAGAAAACUUCCCAUUCGCAAGACUCGACCAAUACAGCAGCCCACUGUAGGUGAUACUCAUGAACGGAGGCUAUGAGUCAGCAAGGCUGCGAUAGAUAAAUAGCGAUUGUUAGGCAAAACAAAAAAAAAUAGGCGCGAUAGUCAAUUGUUAGUUAUAUGACAUUUAUCAUGACAACCCAUUACGUCCCCAAUGGGGUUCGAGUCUCCUCCGAAUGAAGGAAGGGUUCUAGGCCUAGACCACCACGAUGGCCUAGUGCUUGUUGGUGGACGUUAUGACAUUAAAGUCUAUAAAAAAUAUGAUCUACCUAUGUUGGUCUACCUCUAUAUAUUUUCGAAUAUAAUAACAAGCCUGUUUGUAGGUGACCGUAAAGUCAAAAGAACGUAGACUCACUUCAUACAUAUCGAGGGCUGGUUGAAUACCACUGCUUCUAUCAUAUGAUAAGAUCGCAGCUACCAAUAAAUGUUAGAUUAUUUCUAACGCUUGCACAAUAAUUAUCACCUUAAAGUAUCGGCACAAUUUAUAGUGUAGAUAUUAUUUUAGAGAACUUUUAGUUCUUUUAAUUUGUAAAAUGUGGAAGUUAGAUUCAGCCUUAAAAUUAGCUUAAUGUUAUACAAAUUUUGUCGAAAACCAAAUUUUUUAAGUACCCUACUGCGUCAAAAGAAAGGUAUCUUAAGUUUAUUGUGCAAUUUAUCACUAACGUCAUAAAAUCUAUUGAAAAUAGGCUUAGAAUAUUGUUAUUAUAGAUUUAUUAGGUACUUAAAUAUGAACAUGCAUGAUUUAUAUUUUUAGAUUUUCGUUUCAAACUGUUCUCUCUUUAUAUUUAAACUUAAACAUCUAGUCUUUUUCCCAUUUGAUAUGUAAUAAGAAAUCUAAUCUUCUAUAGAAAUCCUGUAAAUAAACAAAAUUCGAUGUUCUAGUCAAAAACUAUAAACAUAUUCUAAAAUGAAUAAGUAACUAACAUAUUUUGUUAAUUAUUGACCUGAAAUACAUAGAAAAACAAAAACUAUAUUUUUUAUGUUCAGCCAUUUACACUAACCAAAUACAAAUAUGUAUGUUAGGUACUUACCUGCAUUAUAUUAUACGCAUAAUGAUUAUAAUACUACAUAUAUAAUUUUAUAUGUACCAAAUGCUAUUUUUUAUUAUCUGUCUCAAAAUGAAGUCUUCUCUAUACACAAUUAGCAGGAUAAAUAUUUAAUUAUUUAGGGAAAAUAAAAAUCAGUAGUCCACAUUCGUUCAGUAGGUAUCAUAUUAUAUUGACGAUACCUGUAUGGUGAAAUUAAAUUGUCGUAAGUCUAGACUGAAAAUAAUGCUUUUUCUUGUGCUUACCAUUAUUAUUAUUAUUUAACACGUUAACCGUCACUGACCUAAAUUAUUGACGUCAGCGUAGUUCAUGCGCCCAGAG